AUGGCUGGUAUUGAUGAUGGAGAAGUUGGGUUUGAAGAAGCAAUUUCAUGCCUACCUUCGCAUGUUCUAGACGAGGCUAUAUGGAACUCCAAGGAAUAUGUGAAGCACCAACAGCAUCACCACCAUGAAUGUCGCAGUCUUCCUAAAUUGCCUCUAGAACCGCAUCCACAGCGCUCAAAAUCCAGCCCAAGACCUAAUUGUAGAACAAAAUACGCCUCCAAUUGGGCAUCAGGGGGGCCUGGAAUGCAAGCUGUUUUUCUAGAUUCUGGUAAAAAAUCAUCUGGGACUGGAGUUUUUCUUCCACAAAGGGCAGGCACCAACAUGCAAUCGAGCAAGAAGCCAGCUUGCGCUCCUGUUCUCCUCCCUGCACGUGUUGUUCAAGCUCUUAAUCUCAAUGUGCAUGAAAUAGGCUUGCACAUAUCACGCCGGCAAGAUGCCAAGAAUAAAUCAAAAGGCAGGGACUGUAAUUCUUUCAAGAAUAAAAAUAGCAAGGACGUAUCAGCACAAUGUGCUAUUGUAUCAAAUAAUGAAAAUUCUUCACCAGAGAUAUUUCUUCCCAAAGAGUGGACUUAUUAA